UUGGACCGCAGUUUCAUUCCUCUCGUUACACGAUCAUGACUGGCAGAGGGAGACCACGCAAAGCAGAGAGUUCUAAGAGUGAUUGUGCCGGGGGCAAAACCACACCGGAAGAACGACUAAGGAAUGGCUCCACAGAAGAGAAGCAGAAUGGUACAACACGGGAAACGAAACCAAAAGAAAAGGGAUCUACAGAGAACACAAAGGCUCCUGUGCGAGGCGCCAAAGCUAAAACCUCAUCAACCAAACAACCUGUGGAGGAGACGAGAAAACCGCAGCCGCAGACACCAAAAGGCUCCAUAAAGGCUACAAUAACAAAGAAAUGUUCCAGCACAGCCAAAUUAUCAGAACAGUUUGAGGAGAAGACAGAGAGGACCCCGCCGGACGCACCAAAGGACACCACAAAGGCUUCCUCGAAGAAGUCCUCCUUAAAGAAGUCUCCGGCUGACGAGGACGAAUCACCUAAGAAGCGCACAGAGGCCAAGAUCAAGUUGCAGCCAGAGACGCCGGAACCCGCCGCAAAGGCUCGCGCAUCGCGACACGUCAGCAGAGGAAAUGCCACGGCGGACUCCACCCUCCUAACAACUCUGGAACAACUGAAGAUUAAGAUGAGUGACAAAUCAAAUGCAGCGGAAGUCAUCAAUAACUUAACAGAAAACAUAAUCAAGCAUUUUAAACAGAACACUCUGUGCUUUAAGGAGGUAGAGCCACUGCGUACUGGAAGUUACUAUGAAAAUCUAAAAAUUUCUCAUCCUGACGAAUUUGACAUCAUGAUGUGCGUUGCUGUUGACCGAGUGGACGUUACACCAUUUGGAGACGACGGAGCCUAUUACAGUGUGGCAUUGAAACGUGGCAACAGCCCCCUGAAAAAAUUUCAGGCGAGCACCACUUUGUCUGCCAAUGACAUGCUCAACGAGUUCAGGGACGAAGUGAAGAAAUGUGUCAAGCCGUUUGGAGAAUGGGAGAUGACAAAAAAGAAAAAAGGCUGCCCUGCAGUGACCAUGACCACCGUAGUGCAAUCUGUAACCAUUUCACUGGACGUUGUUCUCUGUCUUAUGAUUAAAUCUAGCUGGCCACCUUUUACCAAAGAAGGCUUUAAAAUAGAGAGCUGGCAGGGAACCAAAGUCAAGCAGAAAUACAAGAGAACGCCAUAUUACCUUGUCCCAAAAUAUGAAGGCAGUGGGAAGGUGGAGCAUCACGGAGUCCUUGCGAAAGACAUUUGGCGGGUUUCAUUCUCUCACGUUGAGAAGGACAUUCUGAGGGAUCACGGGUCGGAGAAGACGUGCUGUGAAAAAAACGGCAACCGCUGCUGCAGGAAGGACUGUUUGAAGCUCCUGAAACACCUCCUCAGUCUGCUGAAAGAAAUGCACUCGUCGCUUGACAAGUUCUACUCCUACCACGCCAAGACCACCCUCCUACACGCCUGCUGCGCCAGGACAAAAGACAGUGAUUGGAUGGCCUCAAACCUGAGCCAGUGUUUCCAGCAGCUCCUGGACGAUUUCGUAGGCCACCUGGAAAAAGGCAUCCUCCCCAACUUCUUCAUCCCAGAUCAAAAUCUCCUCUCCGGUCCCGACCAGGAUAGUUGCAACCUCCUGGCUAAAUGCAUCAAGGAGCAACGCGACAACGGCUUUCUCAUUUUCAAGAUGCCUGACUUGUGACUGUUCCAACCCCAUAGCAUAUGAAAUAUCCAAUAAGUAAACCCAACUAAACCUAAAUUAGUCUCCAAAAGGUAUUCGUGUAAUCCCAAAGUUACUCUAAUCUAAACCUACUUGGAAAGAAAUGAAUUGCCUUUUGAUUGUUCAUGUCACAUCUAUCACAUGCUACAUCUCAUGUCAAGGAUAGAAAAAUAACUAGGCUGCAAAUUAAUAAAGAUCAUGAAUCAUAACGUCAAAUCUAUUUUACUUUGACCUGUUUUCUAAUAAAUUAUCAGUUUAUCAUUCA